CCCCACAAGAGGCGGAGGACGUCUGAGCCGUCGGAGAUCGAGGAGAGACUCGAAUCGCUCAUCUGCAGGGUGGGAGAGAAGAGUAAUUCAUCCUUGGAGAGCAACUUGGAAGGCCUAGCUGGUGUUUUGGAAGCUGAUCUACCAAAUUACAAAAGCAAGAUACUAAGAAUACUAUGUACUGUUGCACGUCUGUUACCAGAAAAGCUUACUGUUUACACAACACUAGUUGGGUUGCUGAAUGCCAGGAACUACAAUUUUGGUGGGGAAUUUGUAGAAGCCAUGAUUCGUCAGCUUAAAGAAUGUCUGAAAGUCAAUAUGUAUAACGAAGCUGUGCAUUUAGUUCGUUUUCUGUCUGAUCUUGUGAAUUGUCAUGUAAUAGCUGCACCUUCCAUGGUAGCUAUGUUUGAGAACUUUGUGAGUGUGACACAGGAGGAAGACGUACCCCAAGUACGAUGUGACUGGUAUAUGUUUGCAUUUCUGUCAUCUUUGCCUUGGGUUGGAAAGGAGUUGUAUGAGAAAAAGGACGCUGAAAUGGAUCGUCUCUUGUCUCAGACAGAAAGCUAUUUGAAACGCCGCCAGAAGAUUCACGUACCCAUGCUACAAGUUUGGACUGCUGAUAAACCACAUCCACAAGAAGAGUAUUUAGACUGCCUUUGGUCUCAGAUUCAGAAGUUGAAAAAAGACCGUUGGCAAGAACGACACAUUCUGAGGCCCUACUUGGCUUUUGACAGCAUUCUUUGUGAAGCGCUGCAACACAAUCUGCCUCCGUUCACUCCUCCGCCUCACACCGAAGAUUCAGUGUACCCGAUGCCAAGGGUUAUUUUUAGGAUGUUUGACUACACAGAUGACCCUGAGGGCCCUGUCAUGCCUGGCAGCCACUCCGUUGAACGAUUUGUAAUAGAAGAGAACCUUCACUGCAUCAUCAAAUCCCACUGGAAAGAGAGAAAAACUUGUGCUGCACAGCUGUUGAGCUAUCCAGGAAAUAACAAGAUCCCCUUGAACUACCACAUAGUAGAGGUAAUAUUUGCAGAAUUGUUUCAACUUCCAUCUCCACCACACAUUGAAGUCAUGUACACAACGCUCCUGAUUGAACUGUGCAAGCUUCAACCUGGCUCUUUACCACAAGUUCUUGCACAAGCUACAGAAAUGCUCUACAUGCGUUUGGAUACAAUGAAUACAACAUGUGUGGACAGAUUUAUUAACUGGUUUUCUCACCACUUGAGCAACUUCCAGUUCCGUUGGAGCUGGGAAGACUGGUCAGAUUGUCUUACUCAGGACCUUGAAAAGCCCAAACCCAAAUUUGUGAGAGAGGUUUUGGAAAAGUGCAUGCGACUCUCCUACCAUCAACGAAUAAUAGACAUUGUUCCUGCAAGUUUUUCUGUCCUCAGUCCUGCUAAUCCAGUGUGCAUUUACAAAUAUGGAGAUGAAAGUAAUAGGUCUCUUCCUGGAUAUACUGUGGCACUUUGUUUAACAAUCGCAAUUAAAAACAAAGCCAGUAAUGAUGAAAUCUUCAGCAUUUUAAAAGACGUGCCUAAUCCAAACCAGGAUGAUGAUGAUGAUGAAGGAUUUACCUUCAACCCUCUGAAAAUAGAAGUCUUUGUUCAGACUCUGCUCCAUCUAGCUGCAAAGUCUUUCAGCCACUCCUUCAGUGCCCUGGCCAAGUUUCAUGAAGUCUUCAAAACGCUUGCUGAAAGUGAUGAGGGGAAACUCCAUGUUCUGAGGGUUGUAUAUGAGGUUUGGAAGAAUCAUCCACAGAUGAUUGCUGUGCUUGUGGACAAGAUGAUUCGGACACAAAUUGUUGACUGUGCUGCAGUAGCAAACUGGAUCUUCUCUUCAGAGCUUGCACAUGAUUUUACUAGGUUUUAUAUCUGGGAGAUCUUACAUUCCACAAUCCGUAAGAUGAAUAAGCAUGUUCUGAAGAUUCACAAAGAACUGGAGGAGACUAAGGCAAGAUUGGCCAGGCAGCACAAAAGACGAGACAGCGAUGAUGAUGAUGACGACGAUGACCGAAGCAGCGAUCGGGAAGAUGGGCCGCUAGAAGAGCAGAUAGAGCGCUUGCAGGAGAAAGUAGAGUCAGCCCAGAGUGAGCAGAAGAAUCUCUUCCUUGUUAUAUUCCAGCGUUUCAUUAUGUUGUUAACUGAGCACUUAGUGCGCUGUGAAACCGGUGGGAUUGAUGUAUUUACACCUUGGUACAAGAGCUGUAUAGAGAGGUUGCAGCAGAUCUUCCUACAGCAUCACCAGAUAAUCCAGCAGUACAUGGUGACCCUAGAGAACCUCCUGUUUACAGCUGAACUGGACCACCACAUACUGGCUGUGUUUCAGCAGUUCUGUGCUCUGCAGGCCUGAGGAUUAUUCACGUUCACGGGCAGAGUCUUGUCUGGAGGUCUUCAAGGAAUUUAAUUUUUUCUUUUUUAAUGGGAAAACUUGACAUGGGGAUGAAAGAAAUUUUUGACUAAAACUGGCUUUUAUGUGCUC